CUGCCGCUGCGCCGGAGCAGAGCCCGAUCCUAACGGCGGAGGGGCGCGCAAGUCGCGUCCUCGCAUGCGAUGCUUUUUCCGCCUUGUUUUGGCGCUGCAUCGGCCGGCGGCUCUACGACGAGAACGAGGACCUGUCCGACGUGGAGGAGAUUGUCAGCGUGCGCGGCUUCAACCUGGACGAGAAGCUGAGGAGCCGCAGCUACCGCGGGGACUUCGUGCGGCCCAUGGACGGGCAAGAUUUCACUUUUGAAUACGUGCAGCAGGAAGCGCUAAAGGUCCCUCUCAUCUUCCGAAGUAAGACUGGACUGGGAAUUAAGAUGCCGGAUCCCAACUUCACUGUCCAAGACGCUAAGAUGCUUGUGGGGAGCCGCCGAAUCGUGGAUGUGGUGGAUGUGAAUACCCAAAAAGGCAUUGAAAUGAGCAUGGCUCAAUUUGUGCGCUACUACGAAACCCCCGAGGCAGAGCGUGAGAAGCUGUACAACAUGAUCAGCCUGGAAUUCAGCCACACCAAACUAGCUAACAUUGUCAAGCGUCCCAAUGUUGUGGAUUUGGUAGACUGGGUGGACAACAUGUGGCCGCGGCAUUUAAAGGAAAGACAGACGGAGUCCACAAAUGCCAUUUUGGAGAUGAAAUAUCCCAAAGUGAAAAAGUAAGUCCAGAU